AUGCCAUCUGCUUGGAAGACUGCUACCAUCAUCCCAAUCCUGAAACCUGGAAAGGAUUCCUCAACGCCAAGUAGUUACAGGCCGAUCGCGCUCACGAGCUGCAUUGGAAAGACAUUUGAACUAAUUGUUAACAACCGUCUUGUGCACUAUCUGGAGGAGAAUAACUGCUUGUCGGAAUUUCAGUGUUGGUUUCGAAUGGGAUGCUCAACAACCGACCACUCAUUCGCCCCCGCAGGGGGCACCGGCUUCGGCUGGUGUUUGGUGAGUGGCGCCAACACGGACCCCAGCCCCCAGUCCCAAGGUGUUACCUACCGUGCCGAGGAGAUGAAAGGUGAAGGGAGAGAAACCAUGAACGGAAGCUGUCGAGGUUUUGGUCAAACCCCGGCCGAAGGGUUUUCAGUAACUCCGGGACCUUCCCACAUGUAUGGACGUGAAGUGUGGGAGACAGUUUGGAUAGUCCAGCUCUAA